AUGUCAGGGGGCUCCCCAGGGGAUAAGGUGCUGGGUAAUCUGGGCUACAAGUUGGGCCAGACCCUGGGUGAGGGCAGUUAUUCUAAGGUGAGGGUGGCCACCUCAGCCAAGUACAAAGGCCCACUAGCCAUCAAGGUGGUGGAUCGGCACCGGGCACCCCCCGACUUUGUAAACAAGUUUUUGCCACGGGAACUCUCCAUCCUGCGAGUGAUCCGGCAUCCUCACAUUGUACGGAUUUUUGAGUUCAUCGAGGUCUGCAAUGGGAAACUCUACAUCGUGAUGGAAGCAGCGUCCACUGAUCUGCUCCAGCUGGUGCAGCGACUGGGGAAACUACCUUGUGUCCCUGAUGCCCGGGACAUCUUUGGACAGAUCGUGGGUGCCGUGUGCUACCUGCAUGACCGGAACCUGGUGCACCGGGACCUCAAGUGUGAGAACGUCUUGCUCACCUCUGAUGGCCGCCGGGCAAAGCUCACUGACUUUGGCUUUGGCAAAGAGGCAUGUGGCUACCCAAACCUGAGCACCACCUAUUGCGGAUCAGCUGCCUAUGCCUCCCCCGAGGUGCUGCUGGGCAUUCCCUAUGACGCCAAGAAGUACGACAUAUGGAGCUUGGGGGUGGUGCUAUAUGUGAUGGUGACUGGCUGCAUGCCCUUCGACGACACCCACAUCCUCAGCAUGCCCCGCCGCCAGAAGAAGGGUGUCCUCUACCCUGACGGUCUUCCUCCUCUGCCUGAGCCCUGCAAAACCCUCAUCACCCAGCUACUCCAGUUCAGUCCAGCUUCCCGGCCUGGGGUGGGACAAGUGGCCAAGAACAGCUGGCUGAAAGGGGAUGUCUAA